GCGGGGCUAUGUAAUGGCGGGGAUGCAGGGCCCGGGGCUCGAGUGGCGGCGCCGCUGCCGUCUCCACUGGCGCCACAUGCCCGACCUCCAGCGCCGCCGCUUCACCUCCAACACCCGGCUCGGCCCCCUCCUGCGGCUGGCCCGACGUUGGCUGAGACCUGCGGACACGGCUGUGCUGGACGAGCUGUGCGCGAGCUGGCGGGCUGGCAAGGACCGCAGCACCGCUCUCGACCUGAAACAACGGGGCAAUGACAGCUUCAAGGCCAGGGACUACCCGCAGGCCCUCUCACUCUACACAAAGGGUCUCAGGUACAUGCCCGCUGACAGCCCAGAGUGUGCGCUGCUCUACGCCAACCGCUCCGCCGCACUCUACCAGCUGCACCGCUACCAGGACUGUGUGGAGGACAUAGACAGAGCGGAGAGCCUGGGCUACCCGCCGGAGCUGCAGCACAAGACGCAGUCGCGCCUUGCAGCCUGCCUGCAGCGGCUGGGAGGGUCCGGGGGAGGGAGCAAGGAGUCAGAGCCCCCCUCCCCAGCGCCCCCUGCCCCGGGGGUGGGGGAGUGCGCCCCCGGCCUCUCUCUGCGCUGGGAGGGCAGCAGGGGUCGGCACUACCGCGCGUGCCAGGAUGUGGUGAGGGGGCAGGCGGUGCUGCGGGAAACUGCCUUCGCCGCUGUGCUGGUGCCCGGCCUGCCGUCCCCGGACCACCCCCCCACCCAGGAGCUGCUGUGCCACCACUGCCUGGCCCCCGCCACCCUGCCCCUGCCCUGCCCCUCCUGCAGCUACGCCCAGUACUGUGGGCAGCUGUGUCGCUCCACCGCCUGGCACACACAUCACUGGCUGGACUGCCCACUGGGCGGGCAUCUACUGGCCCUGGGCACCGGCAGCCAUCUCGCCCUACGCACCACACUGAGGGGGGCAUGGGGAGAGGAAGGGGCACUGCGGGGGGAACCUCUAGGAGAGACAGAAGUGGGACAGAGGGGUGGCGCCCAGGGAGAGGUGCAAGUCCCCAGCAGCGCUUUGUGUGUGCAGCCAGCGCCGCAGCCCUGUGCUGGGCCCUGCAGCACCGCCGGCCUCAGGGCGAAGGGGUGGGGGCGCUGGGGCAGGGUGCGCGGCUGGCUGCACUGGGGGGUGGCAGUACUGCGACACAUGCUGCAGCUGCAGUGCAACGCCCAGGCCAUCACCGUGCUCCACGACACUGGAGAGGGUGCGGGGAGUGUCAGGGACACGCGGGAGGUGUGUGUGGGCACAGCCCUGUACUGCUGGGCCAGCCUGCUCAACCACUCCUGCCAGCCUAACACCACUGCCAGCUUCCAGGGGACCCGCAUCACCCUCCGCGCCACCGAGCCUAUCCCCGCUGGAGAACAGGUGCUGCACUGCUACGGUCCCCACUGGAGUCGGCAGUGCGUGAGGGAUCGGCGGAAAUCUCUGCAGACACAGUACUACUUCUGGUGUGAGUGCAGUGCGUGUGUCGCGGGGGGGGCAGAGGGAAGCCCGGCCCCACAAGCACAGUUCCUGUGCCGCCCCUGUGGGUCCGCUCUGUCGCUGGAGGAGGGGGGCUACAGAUGUGUCCGCUGUGCCCAGCUGGUGCCCCCACAGUCUCUACAACAACAACUGCAGCAGCUGCGGCUCCAGAUGGAGGGAGCCGGCAACAUGCACUCCACACACACAGACACGGCCCUGGCCCAGCUCCAGCAGUGCCAGGCCGGUGCCCAGAGCCUCCUGCCCGCCCAGCACCCGCUGCACGGAGAGAUUGAUGACAGCCUGGCCCGGGUCUACGCCACUCGCGGGGAGUGGGAAGCAGCGGCGCAGCACCUGCAACGGAGCGUGCAUGCGGUGGAGCUGCAGUACGGGGCCGGCAGCGUGGAGCUGGCACAGCAGCUCCUCAAACUGGCACAGGUGCUGUUCAACAGCCGGUCGGUGUGUGAAGCGGAGAGUGUGAUUGACCGGGCCAUCCCGUUGCUCACCACUCACUACGGCGCUGACCACGACACGGUGGCGGAGCUGAGGGCGAUGAAUUCCUGUCUACGGAGCCUGCCCGGCCGGAGCUGACCACACGAAGCGACCCUGGACGAGGAGCGGGCAGGGACUGGACUGGAGCCCGCGGGCAGCUGUGGAGAGGCACAGAGUGUGGCCUGGGACUGGAGUGAGCAAGAAUGGACUUAUUCACCCUGGGCAGCGGGGACCAGACAGAGUGACCCUGGGCAAAGAGCGGGCAGGAAUGGACUCGUUCCCCGUGGGCAGGAGUGGUCACACACAAUGAUCCUGGGCACGAACAGAUGACCCUGGUGUGGGGGAUGGAGGGGCCGCCGUGCCCGUGUUCACGACCCCUGCAAUAAACGUUGGCAGUGCCCAUGGUGUGUGUGUUCAUUAUGUGGGGUGUGGAGGACAGCCAGACACUGUGGUGCUCUGGGUUCAGAUUUAAUUACUUCAUGUACCGGGGUAAAGUGACCACCUUUACUCUGCAUAUAAACAGAUUAGACAUACCUUAGAUACAAUCAAAGGUAAAGUCCAUUGAACACCUGGAUAAGAGACACACCUACGUCAGCCUCCUAUUCAUCGACUACAACUCUGCCUUUAACAUCAAUAUACCAUCCAAGCUUAUUAUCACCAUACUUGUGGGACUUGGUGUCAGCCCUCACCUCUGCAACUGGAUCCUCGACUUCCUGACCUUCGGUAUGUCCCCAACUGUUAGAAAUUUUCCAACAAAGACCAUUACAAAAACGGAGGUAGAAUCUGAACGAACUUUAUUGAGAGAGAGAGUCACACAGAGCCCAAGUGUCCGUGGGAGUCUUCUCUGAGCUGAUGCUGAAAACCAUCUCUUUUAUACAUUGAUUUAGACAAAAAAGCAUCCAGACAAAUGGUAAUGAACAAGGACACUCAGAAUUCAAAGGAAAUAACAUUUAGCUGUGGAAAGUUACACCGGAGCAAGAUUAGCCGUUCUGCAAGUUCUGUGAUAGACUCUUAAUCUCUUGACCGUGACCUGUCAAUCACUUGUGCCCUAGGCAGUUUCCGUAAACAAUCUUGUACAGACACAGAUAGAAUACACAAGGAAAUAGUUACAUACAUUUUUCCAUCAUUUUCUUCCUCUUUAUACAAAUUUACUGAAUUAUAAUCUAAAACAAA